AUGACCACUAAUACUAGUUCGUCGCAGAUUCUCAUCCACACGGCCGCGUUCGUCUCCGAAACCCUUUCGCAAUCGGACCUCCGCAGCCACCUCCUCUCCACGCUCCGCCGCAGGCUGCCGCCGUCGCAGUACUCCAACCAAGCAAAGCUCAAGCCCCUCAACCUCGCCGCCGAAACCCUAGAAAACGCCAUCGCCGCCGAGAGCGCCGCAGUCCGGACCUCCUCCCUCCGCCUCUGCGAGAAGCUCCUCCUCUCCGGGCCGAAAAGCCCCUUCGCCUCUCUCCUCCUCUCCCUCAUCUACGGCCUCUGCCGCCGCUCGAUCGACGCCGCCAUCUGCAUCCUCGAGAUCUUCAAAACCGAGCCGGCGCUCGCCCGGACGGAGGUGGCGCCGGUGCUGUUCGAGGAGCUCUUCCUCGUCCACCUCCUCCCGGUGCUGCAAUGGUACAACCGCCGCCGGUCGCAGAUCCUGCCGGCGAUGUCCCCAAACGUGAGCUACGAAAACGACGACGUUUCGAUCAACGACAUGUCGGCGGCGUUUUUCCCGGGGUCGAAUUCGCUGUCGAAGAUGAGCGGGGUUCAGACGGUGGGGCUGAAGGAGCUGGAGAGCAGCUACGAGAGGGUUUUGGAUGAGAAUUGUAGGGUUUUUAGUGAGUAUUUCAGGGAGGUUUUGGAGAAUAAAGACGGUGGGAGAGUGAUUGAGCCGCCGGCUGCGGUGUUGGAAUUGAGUAGUGAUGAAUUCCGGUAUGAUGAUCGGAGUAGUAGUACCGGUGAAGAUGACGCCGGAUUUGGAAACGGACGGUACAAUCCAAUAUGGGCUGAAGCAGAAAAUUCAGUUGAAUCGUUCAGCACGGGCAGCAGUGUAAGAAGACCCAGGUCUCCCCCGUUGUAUCCUCAAAGAGUUGCACUUGAUAAUAUCAUCACUGGCCACAAACCUUCAUGGAUGUUGGGAAGAAGGCCACGUGUAAAUUCCGAUUCUGAGCUGGAAGAGUCUUCAUUAGAGGAGCAUUCUCUGGAUUCUUCUUUGGAUUCCGAAGCAGAAAUUGAGGUGAGUAUCGAUACUAACAAGAAAUGAAAGAACUUUAACAGCUGGCCUGAUAUAACUAUGCAACUUUUUUUGGUUUCUAAUGCUCCAAAAUCACCCAUUACUGCUUUUGGCAUUAGCUUUACAUUCUUUAUUUCAAUUGGUAAUAUUUGGAUUCUUGUCGUUCUAUAUAGUUCAUCUCCAAACCGGCUCAUGGCAGAUUCUGAAAACCAAUCUAGUAGUGGAAAGUUUACACCUCCUAAGGACUUUGUGUGUCCCAUAACUAGUACCCUUUUUGAUGAUCCAGUGACACUUGAGACUGGUCAGACAUACGAGCGAAAAGCCAUCCAAGAAUGGCUUGAUAGAGGAAAUUCAACCUGCCCAAUUACACGCCAGAACUUGCAAAGUACCCAACUGCCUAAGACCAACUAUGUCCUCAAACGUCUGAUUGCAAGUUGGCAAGAGCAGAACCCUGGUAUAGUCUUCAGCCCAUCCGAUAAUCCAAGCCCGCAGAUUGAGCCAAUGGUGAAAUCCAUAAUGCCAUCAACUUCUCCUGUCAGUGUCAUAAGCCAAGCUGCAAUUGAUAGUGCAGUUAGUGAGUUGAGAAUUGCCAUCACCAAUCUUUGUAUGUCAGAAAUUCUCAAGGAGUCUGAAAUGGCUGUUCUUCGUAUUGAGCGCUUCUGGCUGGAAGCAAAUGUGGAAUGGGACAUUCAGAAUAUGCUCUCAAAACCUCCAGUAAUUAAUGGUUUUGUGGAGGUUCUUUUCAAUUCUGUUGAUCCUAGAGUUCUAACAGCUACGGUUUUCCUCUUGUCUGAGCUGGGUUCAAGAGACAAUGCUGUGAUUCAGACACUAACCCAGGUUGACUCUGAUGUGGAAUGUAUUGUGGCUCUUUUCAAAAAGGGGUUGAUGGAGGCUGUUGUCUUGAUAUAUCUGUUAAGGCAUUGCAUUCUUAAUCUAGUAGAGAUGGACCUGGUGGACUCUCUCUUAUCCGUUAUUAGAAAGAGAAAUGAUGAUUUCCCUAAUAUGUAUCUAAAGCCAAAAUCAGCUGCAGUGGUUUUACUGGGGCAUAUUGUUGGUGUCAGUGAAUCGAUUGCCAGCUCUUUGACUUCUGAAAAAUCACUUGAAAGAAUAAUCAGCAGUUUGGAAUCUGAAUCAGCAGAAGAGAAGACUGCAGCGAUUGGUAUCUUAUUAAGGUGUAUGCAACAAGAUGGGCACUGCAGGAACACAAUAGCUGAUAAAGCUGAGUUAGCUCCUGUUUUGGAUAGCUUCACGGGUGCAAAGGAUGAAGAACGGUUUGAGAUAGUUCUCUUUUUGUCUGAGUUAGUAAAAUUAAACAGGAGGACAUUCAAUGAACAAAUCCUGCAUAUCAUAAAGGAUGAGGGCCCUUUCAGUACAAUGCACACCCUCCUUAUUUAUCUUCAGACUGCUGCUCAAGACCAUUGUCCUGUUGUGGCUGGUCUACUACUUCAACUUGAUCUUCUGGCAGAGCCAAGAAAGAUGAGCAUAUUCCGUGAAGAAGCAAUGGACACUCUCAUCUCAUGUCUCAGAAAUACUGAGUUCCCAUCUGCCCAAAUCGCUGCUGCUGAAACCAUUAUGUCACUGCAAGGGAGGUUUACCACAUCCGGAAAGCCUCUUGCUAGGGCCUUCCUUCUAAAACGUGCUGGCAUUGACAAAAUUUAUAAACAACGCGUGCGAAUGGAUCAACUUAGCAGCUUUUCUGGAGAAGAUGAAACUCUAGUGAGCUUCUUCUUCUUCUUUUAGGGUAUGCAAGAAUUAAAUUCUUGCAGGAGGGAUAUUGUAAAAGGCCUGAGAGAGCUAAAGAGAUACACUCCCUUGGCGUUUCAAAUGCUAAAAGUGUUUUCAGAAGGGCAAGACUCUAGUGCAGAGCUGUGGGAUCAUAAAGAAUUAGUUCAAGUAGAUUGCAGUGAGAACGGAGAGGUUCUUUCAGUAGUUUGCUUCAAGGAUAAAAUAUUUUCUGGCCAUUCAGAUGGAACUAUAAAGGUCUGGACGGGUAAAGGUAGCAUUCUCCAUCUAAUCCAAGAAACUCAAGAACAUACAAAGGCAGUGUCUAGCUUGGCAAUUUUGCAAUCAAAGGAGAUUCUAUACAGUGGUUCACUAGAUAAAACAACAAGGGCCUGGUCUAUAAGCAAUGAAGGAAUCCAAUGUGUAGAAGUUCAUGAUAUGAAGGAUCAAGUUCAUAAUCUGGCCGUCACCAAUAGCUUUUCAUGCUUCAUUCCACAAAGCAAUGGUAUCAAGGCUCACUCAUGGAAUGGAGGAUCCAAAAUGUUAAAUUCGGGCAAAUCUGUAAAGUGCUUUGCUCUGGUAAAUGGGAAAAUAUUUUGUGGAUGCCAUGAUAGCACUGUUCAGGAGAUUGAUUUGGUAACAGGAACACUCAGUACCAUUCAGACCGGCUCCCGGAAAUUACUUGGGAAAUCAAAUCCUAUCCAUUGCAUUCAGUAUCAUAGUGGAUUGAUAUACGCAGCAGGUUCUUCGUUGGAUGGAUCAGCAGUGAAGAUUUGGAGUGCUGCAAACUUCAGUUUGGUUGGGUCUCUGUCAACUACACUAGAAGUGCGGGCAAUGACAUUAAGCUCGGAACUGAUCUAUUUGGGUGGUAAAGGGGGAUGUGUGGAAAUUUGGGAUAGGGAGAAGCAGAACAAAAUAAUAGACACACUACAAACUGGCACAAACUGUAAGGUUCUUUCCUUGGCUCUUGAUGCCAAUGAGGAAGUUUUGGUUACUGGAACUUCUGAUGGCCGAAUCCAGGCAUGGGGAUUGAGCUAAGACGAUUUGGUAGGAUUCGGAACCCAAUAUAAGGGAGGAAGAACAGCUGAAGAUAAUAGAUUAUUAGAUGAAAUUCUUUGCAAUAAUUUUUUUUCUUUGUUUAAAAAGCCUUAUAGGAAAAGAUAUAUUGCUUCAAUCAAAAUAAAAACAUAUAUACGAGAUGUAAACCAUUGCAUUGUAAUUCGGCUUUUUGUAGCUGUGUACAGAUACUGAUAUUAAAUGUAAGAUAUAACAUGUUCAAUACC